UUGCCUCCAGCGCAUGCGCGUUGAGGAGCCGCUGACAGUUUUGUUUGGAUUUGUGGCGCAGCGUUGAGCCCUGGUGGGUCUCGCCAUUGUGCGAGCAGCGGCGGGUGGGCUUGAUGGCGGCUGAGGCUGAGGCAGGGGCCGACCCGGCUUCCGCGGAGUGGGAGGCCCCCACGCGCGUGUUGCGGGCUCUCACCUGGCUCGGCCAAGAGUUCCUGUCGGACUGGGAGGCCCAGGACUUGCGGGCCGCCCUCUUCCAGCUGCUGCUGCUCUGGCUGCUGGUGAGCUUGCUGGGCAUCCAGGUGGCCUGGAGGGUCUACGGGAACACCGUCACCAGCCUCUACUAUCGGCAAGGUGCUGGAGGACAGAAUGGAGAAACUCCAGAUGGCUCUUCACACUUUUCUAUGUGGGAGAGCACAAGCAACACAAAUACAAAAACACAUCGAGAGUAACAACAGAGGUGACCAAGCCAGGCUCCUGCUGCACCAGGAGCGCAGAGGAUGGGGAUGCUUGCCUGCCUGCCCACUCAGAGGCCUUGCUGAUUCAGUGCAAAGGGAAAGUGCAAUCAAAAUUGUCAUCUCUCCCAUGCUAUGGUUUAGUUGCUGGCCAUCACUGGUGCUGUGAGGACUGCUCCUAUCCAUCCAGUUGCCAAGCUCUGAAUCUCAGGAUUGCUUUACUCAGGUUCGGGAAGCUGCAAUUCCCCCCCCACCAGCCCCCAAUUACAUUAUUUCCAUUGUUCUUCUACAUGCGACAAACCUAUCUGCAGACUGACCUCCAGCCUAUCUUUUCUCAGCAUUAAAUUGCUGGCACAGACCUCAUUUCUUUCUGUUGUGGUUCUUGAAGUCCUCUGGCCCUGAGCCAGCAUCUGCUUAGAAAGGACACAGGCUCAUUUUUCCAGUUGAGCAUGAAUCAUCAGUUGCCAUCUUAUUCUGAGUAGUUUUUUGGCCUAACCUAAACUGUAGCCUGAGUCAGCAGUAGCCAGGUAUAUUGGCCCACAGCUUGAGAACUUGAAGAUAUAUGGCCGAUCAUUGGGGAUUCUCAGAAUUGUUCUUUACAUUCGGUAGGAUUGGAGAAAUCUAGCCUGGGCAUUUUUUUAAAAAAAAUGUCUUCCUACCUCUGUCAGCUUUGUAAGUAGUAUGGGCUAAUGACUUUCUGGAGCUCAACACUUUCUAGAAUAGCUCUGCUCGCAACCCAUAAGCCCUUGUGCUUAUGACUUGAAGGACUGAGAUGAAGCUGCUCUAUAAUUGUGUGAUCCAAGAAGUGCUGAUGCAAUACCAAGCUUUUCUUUUCUCUGCUGUGUGCUGCCACUUAUUGCAGAGUUUGUAAUAUACAGAUUAUAAAGAUGUAAUUAAAAAAAAAACCCAAAAGUAGCUUGGUUGUUAUUGUAGCCAUUGCAUGUGAACUGCAUUUUAUUAGUUAAGGGCCAUGCUACCUACUGAGCAGAAAAGCAUCCACAUUUUUAUUUAAAAAAAAUUAAAGGGGAGGCGUGCAACUUUUCCAUGUUCUUCUCCUAAAUUUCUCUCCAUGGACCUAAUACUAAUUUUAAAUGGAAGUUAACAAUGUUUUUGCCCUAUCAGC